UGGAGAGUCAGCAUAAACUCACCGCCAGCGGUUGUGAGGGGAGAGCGUGUGCUGUAUGAAAGUUCGACCUAGCCAGUCGAUUCCUUCGCUAAACAUUUAAACUUCCGCAGCGGGGCGUUGCCACCAAAUUAAUAAGAAUAAGACUGGAGGUGUCGAAACUAACCAUCAGAAAGGGGAAGUUUAAGCCUGCCGUUUAAGGACAACACCUAAAAGUGCGUAUGUCGUAUUAAGAUUCGAAGAGCUCAAAAUAACAGAUGACCUGCCUACCCGUGCCUACUGGGGUGGAUUUCAUCACUCACUUGCCACUGAAAAGUAAAUGUUGCAACAACUAUUUUCAAAACAUCUGUUCAGUGACAAAAGGCAGCAUUUGUAAUACCAAGUUUUGUUAGGUGAUCUGUCCAUGCUAAAAUGCCCUAACUUUGGGGCUGUAAGUGGAAUGUGCGCCGAUCAGCUUCUUCAAGCACAAAGACAUAAAUUCAUCGCUGUUCUUGGAAGAAGCUCACUAGAAAACUUUGAGACAGUCCUUGAUCAUUUAUUAGCAUGGGAUCUUCUAAACUGGGAGGAAUAUGAAUCUGUGAAAUUAUCACAGCAUAUGUUCAAUUCCAGUCGCAAACUCCUUGACAUCAUAAUUUGUAAAGGAACAAGAGCCUGUGAACUUUUUGUCAUUGUUUUGAAAAAAGUGUUUCAUGGCUCACAGCUGAGUGAUUUGCUGCUGCUGAACUAUAACCCUCCAGAAGAGACUGAUCAAUCUACAACUGCAUCAUUAGCUUCCCAGACUCUUCAACAACGCAGACCUGAAAUAGUGAGGAAGUUGCAUGGGCGGACGGCAGCUCUAUUAGCACGUCUGCGUGACUGUGGCCACUUUUCAAAGUAUGAAUGUGACGAGGUUCAAUUGCCAAUAUACACACCUUCGCAGCAGGCACGGAAGCUUCUAGAUCUUACUAGAGGAAAAGGGGAUGAUGCGGCUCAUGUCCUAUUAGAGUAUAUUGAAUCUGAACCUGGACUUAUCAAGCCUGUGAUCGAUGAUGCAUGCAUAAAGUAUCAGGAAAAGUUGUGUUCAACUCUGGCUGCCCAGUCCCGAUUUCUAACUAAUUAUGCAGGAACAGAAAAUAUGUGUCUGGAGAAUGUAUAUGUGAAUUGUAUCCUGGAAGUAACCAAUGCUACCUCAGAAAGUGGCUCUUUGCGGUCUCUUAUCGGGCUGGAAGAUAUUUUUGGAUCAGACGGCAUAUUAAAUAAAGACGCAGAUAUGGUGUUGAUCAUUGGGGAAGCAGGAAGUGGGAAAAGUACUUCACUGCAGCAAAUGCAACAAUUAUGGGCAACAAAACAAGCAUUUCAGAAAUUCACAUUUGUAUUUGCAUUCAGCUGUCGAGGGUUAAACUUCAUUGAUACAGAAGUUUCACUCAAAAUGCUACUGUUUGAACAUUGCUGCUGGCCAGAUGAUCAUCAAGAUGAGGUUUUCCAAUACAUUCUGGAUCACCCUGAAGAAAUCCUGUUCAUGCUCGAUGGAUUUGAUGAAUUUAAAUUCCAGUUUACAGAUGAGGAAAGGCACUGUUCACCCACCAAGCCCACCUCUGCAUUGAAUCUAAUCUUUAAUCUCCUCCAAGGGAACUUAAUGAAAAACACUAAAAAAGUUAUGACCAGUCGGCCAAGUGCGGUAACUGCCAUGUUAAGGAAAUACCUGCGGAAAGAAAUUACUUUAAAAGGUUUCUCACACAAGGAAAUUGAAGAAUUUAUAAAGAAAUAUCAUGGCAACUCCUCAAAUGCAGAGCAUAUUUUAUAUUUUGUUGAGGCAAACUCUGUUCUUCAUGGGCUCUGUCACGUUCCCUUCUUCUGUUGGAUUGUAUCGAAUUGCCAUCGGCAGCUAAUGCAGAAUGCUGGUGAUUUCACUCAGACUAUGACUGACAUCUAUCUUCUGAUCUUGGAUCAUAUUCUAUUGCAUUUUGCACACAACAGCCAUGGAGUAAAUGAAAUUCUACCGAGCCAAAUUAUGACCAUCUUCCAUCUUAGCAAAUUGGCCAUGGAUGGUUUAAUCACAUGUAACUAUGUGUUUUCAGCUGCACAGCUACAAGAGGCUCAGAUAUCUAAAGAAGACAUUUCUUUAGGAUUUCUUGUUGAUAGUCAUAGUUUUUCCCAAGCAUGCACUGCCACUAAGAAGAAGAAUUAUGAAUUUCUUCACAUUACUAUCCAAUGUUUCUUUGCUGCACUCUAUAUCACGUUAAGUGAUAAUGUGGGAGAAUCUACCCUUUACUCGCUGUUCAAAUCUAGAGAGAAGGAAACGUUGCCCUGCAUGACGUCAGCAGCUUGCAUGGAGAGAUUCCCAUUCAGUUGUCUCCAGUCUCAAAGGCAACCUGCAAGGAGAUGCGAAACCAUGUUACUGGAAGCUGAGAAAUCAAAUCGUCAAAUAACAGCAAACUUUGUUUCUGGGCUUUUGUCAGGUAAACACAGGAAUCUGAUCCAGAAAUUCUCAGGCAUCCCAAAGCAAUCGAAGAAGUGCAAACUGGUUAAGAAUUACUUGGCAAAGGGCAUAGAGAAACAUUUCCUAUCCAUACCACCAGCUGUAGGUGAGGAGAAGAAAAGCAUGCAUGCCUUGCCUGAGUUUGUUUGGUGGAUCAGAUGCAUUUAUGAAAUGCAGGACAAUGAUUUAGCCAAACAUGCUGUUAGCAAUCUGGACGUGGAUCACUUGAAGCUGACCUACUGUGGAAUAGGGCCGAUUGAAUGCACUGCCCUUGCUUAUGUCCUCAAACACUUGAAAAAUCCUGUGGGAUUACAAUUGGAUUACAACUUGGUUGGAGAUACAGGAAUUGAACAGCUACUUCCCUGCUUGAACAAUUGCCAGUCUAUUUACCUCCGAGGAAAUAAUAUUUCUGAUCAAGGAGCCUCCAAACUGGUUGAUCAAGCUCUUGGCUGCCACAAUUUACAAAAGAUUGCAUUGUUUCAUAAUAAUCUCACUGACGCAUGUGCCCAGAAUUUUGCAAAGCUUCUUCAACACAAGAAAAACUUUUUAGCACUAAGGCUGGGCAACAAUCAUUUAACAGCUGCUGGGGCAGAAGUACUGGCAGAAGGUUUAAAGCAAAACAACUCCAUCCAGUUCUUGGGGCUUUGGGGAAACAAAGUUGGAGAUGCUGGUGCCUCUGCUAUUGCAGCAGCCCUUGAAAAUAACACUAGUCUCUUGUGGCUGAGCCUUGUCGAUAAUAACAUUGGCAGUCAAGGUGCUAGGGCAUUGGCCUUAAUGUUGAAGAAGAACACCAUCCUGGAAGAGUUGUGUCUUCAGGAAAACAAUUUAAUUGAUGAGGAUAUACAGCACUUCAUAGAAGGACUGCAGAACAACUCAAGCUUAAAGGUUCUCAAGUUGUCUAAUAAUAAGAUAACAAAGAAGGGAAUAGAAUUUAUUAUUACUGCUCUAAAGCACAACACUACCAUUACAUCAAUUUGGUUAGGAAGAAAUCAAAUGACUGAUGAGGAGAUUGAAGAGAUGACCAGUGCAGAAAGGAGACUGACAUUUUGAUCGAAAAUGUUGUCCAUAUAUCACUGAUCUCACAAACAGCUGUAUUGUCCCACUUAAUUUAAAUAUAAAUAUCUGAGGUCUCCAUCAGUCAGGAUUAACCAUGGAUGCUACAUUCCAGCUAUCUAGAUAUGCAAGCCAGGGCAGUACAAUAUGGAGAGCAAGUUGUUGCCCACGUAGCAAGCUCCCCCUCUCCAUGUAUCAGGUGGAUCCAAAGGAAUGGCAGAGACCGAUACAGUAGCCCACCUGUGCCCCUUCUCCUGUCAGGCUUAGUAGCCAAGUCAUAUGUGUCGCGUCUUCAACCCUCCUCCUGGACACCCCGCCCUGGUCUUCUGCCUGAUCUGGACCUUAUCAUUGCCAAUUCCUGACAGGACAUUAACCAUCUAGACUUUUAACACUCCUCACUCCUUCCGAACGCUGGGCUCUCCACUCUCUCAACACUAAUCCUAACUUCACCAUCAAACUCACAGAUAAGAGAGGUGCUGUAGUAGUCUGGCAAACUGACCUCUACCUUGCUGAGGCCUAGCACCAACUCUCAGACAUCACCUCUUACUUGCCCCUCGAAUAGGACUCCACUAAGAAAUGCCAGGCCAUUGUCUGCCACGCCAUCACCAACCUUACUGGCUCUGGGGAUCUCCCAUCCACUGCCACCAUCCUCAUAGUUCCCACACCGUGCACCUCCUGUUUCUACCUCCUACCCAAAAUCCACAAACCUGCUUGUCCAGGUAAACCCAUUGUUUCAGCUUGCUCCUGCCCCACUGAAAUCAUACCUGCAUAUCUUGACUCUGUUUUAUCCCCACUGGUUCAGUCCCUUCCCACCUACAUCUGUGAUACCUCUUCAUCUUUUCAAGAUUUCAGGUUCCUUGGACCCCAUCAUCUUAAUUUUACUAUUGAUGUCCAAUCCCUAUACACCUCCAUCCUCCACCAGGAAGGCCUCAAAGCUCUCCAUUUCUUUCUGAACACCAGACCCAACCAGUUCCCCUCCAACACUAUGUUCUUCCAUCUAGCGGAACUUGUCCUCACUCUAAAUAAUAUCUCCUUUGGGUCCUCCCACUCUCUUCAAACAUGGGCACUCACACUCACAUGGGUCCCAGCUAUCCCUGCCUGUUUGUUGGCUACGUGGAACAGUCCAUGUUCCAAGUCUACACUGGUGACCAUCCUGCACUCUUCCUAUGCUACAUCGACAACUGCUUUGGUGCUGCCUCCUGCACCCAUGCUGAACUUGUCGAUUUCAUCCACUUUGCCUCCAACUUCCACCUGGCCCACAAAUUCAUCUGGUCCAUUUUGGAUACUUCCCUUCCCUUUCUCGAUCUUACUGUCUCCAUCUCUGGAGACAGCUUAUCCACCGAUGUCUAUUGUAAACCAAUGGACUCUCACAGCUACCUGGACUAUACCUCGUCCCACCCUGCUACUUGUAAAAACACCAUCCCCGCCUCUCAGUUCCUCUGUCUCUGCCACAUCUGCUCUCAGGAUGAGGCUUUUCAUUCUAGAAUGAAGGAGGUACCCUCCUUUUUCAAAGAAAGGGGCUUUCCUUCCUCCACCAUCAACGCUGCCCUCAACCGUAUCUCGUCCAUUUCACGCAUGUCUGCUUUUACUCCAUUCUCCCGCCAUCCUACCAGGGAUAGGGUUCCUCUUGUCCUCACCUACCACCCCACCAGCCUUCGCAUCCAGCAGAUAAUUCUCUGAAACUUGUCCAUUCGUCCUCCACAUUGAUCUCCUUCCUGGCACUUAUCUUUGCAAGCGGAACAAGUGCUUCAUCUGACCCUACAUCUCCUCCCUCACUACCAUUCCGGGUCCCAAACAGUCGUGCCAGGUGAGGUGACACUUCACCUGUGAGUCUGUUGGGGUCAUAUACUGUGUUCAGUGCUCCUGGUGUGGCCUCUUGAUUGGGAGACUACUUCACCGAGCAUCUACACUCCAUCCGCCAGAACAAGCAGGAUCUCCCAGUGGCCACCCAUUCCCAUUCUGAUAUGUCCAUCCAUGACCAACUCCAUCGGGAUAAGGCCACACUUACGUUAGAGGAACAAGACCUUGUAUUCUGUUUAGGUAGCCUCCAACCUGAUGGCAUGAACAUCGAUUUCUCAAACUUCCAGUAAUGCCUCCCUACUCACCUUGACAAUUACCAAUCCCCUUUCCCUCUCUCCUGUUAGCUCCUUACCCGCCCAUCACCUCCCUCUGAUGCUCCUCCCACCCCCCCUUCUUUCUUCCAUGGCCUUCUGUCUCUUUCAGUAAUCAACUUCCUAGCUCUUUGCUUCAUCCCUCCCACUCCAAGUUUCACCAAUCACCCGCCGUUUCUCUCUCCCCUCCCUCCCCACCUUUCAAAUCUACUCCUCAGCUUUUUUUCUCCAGUCCUGCCAAAGGGUUUCGGCCUGAAACGUCAAGUGUACUUUUUUUCCAUAAGUGCUGAGUUCCUCUAGUACUUUGUGUGUUGCUCGGAUUUCCAGCAUCUUCAUCUUUUCUCUUGUUUGUGAAGGGUUUGGUUGUCAGAGGCUAUUUGAGGCACACACCAUUGGGAUCAUCCAUUGGGUAGUGGGAGCUUAUCCCCAUUGCCACCCCUGGCUAUAACAACCUUAAGGAACCAAUUAUAGAUGUGAGAGUGUCUUAUUUAUGGAUUUAUUACUCAGCUGGGUGGGAAGGAGAUGCGUCUCUACCAAAGGAGGCGUGCGUAAGGCACUGUUUCCUUCUGCUGGCCUACAGAUCACCCUUGGGCAAGGUGUAGCAUCUGCUUAGCCCACCCCCAUCCCGAUCAGGGCCACGUGAAGCCAGGAGAGCUGCAGGUGGAUGGUCACAUGAGAAGCUGGGAAAUAUCAAAAGUCCUGGUUAUGUGACCACUGACGCCAGGCAGACAAUAUCUGAAAAGUGUUGAUAAUGGCUGGGAUAAUCUGUGUUGUAAAGACACCGGCUGGAAGAAGACAAUGGCAAACCACUUGUGUAGAAAAAUUUGCCAAGAAUAAUUAAGGUCAUGGGUAAGACCAUGCAUGAUUGCCCAGGUCAUAUGACACAGCACACAAUGAUGAUGAAUUACUUUACUAAACAUGUUUUACUUUAUCCAUCAACUGAAUACCUCACUUAUUGUGAUGUGUGUGUGAUUAAGAGUGGUUUCCAUUUUCAGUAUUACUGAUUUAUGAUGGCCAUUGUCAUCCACUAUGUUAGUAUGAAAACCUCUUGAUGUCUUAUCUUUUCAUUGUACAUUGUUCCAGGAAGAUUCCUACAAAAAAUCAUAUUCUUGAUACAUUCAUUUCAGAUAUAGCUGUUUACAUUGUAAAAGUGUAAAGGAUUGCCUGCAACAGUAGAAUUUUAUUUUAUACCAAUGCAAUCUAUAAUCUCUGGUCUGCUCCAUCCUUUUCUUUAAUUCCAUCAUCUGUGGAACAAACUAGUUUUAUGAUGAAUGCAGGAGACCCCAUCAAGGACAGCAACAAAUGCACCAAAAAUGUACUGUCAGCUAGGUGAAUACAGAACCUGCUAAAUGGUGUGGCUUAGAGCUAACCAUCCUCAGACUUUACUGGAAAGCUUCCUAAUCUAAUCUAAUCCAGGCAAAGUUGCUGUCUUCUAUAUUGUGUUGGUAUUGAGUAUAUAUUGUGCUAAAGUCACCAAGUGUGUCAUGAGUAUAAGAGGAAUGAUGAUUCCAGGCACUGGAAGGACUUAAUUCAAUGUACAUUUCAAUGGCAAUGUUCCCAUCUUCUGCUCAGACCCAUGUAGAUUUAUGUCUUCCUGUGUUAAUGUUGAGAUAACCUUGGGGCUCAGAGAAAAUUAAAGUAAAAGUGAGGCUAGAUCCUUUGGAAACUGAUCAGACCAUUAUUUGUUCAUUUCACUGUCAGUUUGUAAUGAUGGAGUGGGUACAGUGAAUAAUGACAGAAGAAGUGUAUUCUAUAAAUGUAAAUUUUAUGGACUAAGUAUACCAGUUUGAAACUUAAAAAUUCAGCCAUAUAGAUAGAUAGACAGAUAUACUUUAUUAAUCCCGAGGGAUAUUUGGUUUUGUUACAGCCGCACCAACCAAGAAUAGAGGGUAAAUAUAGCAAUACAAGAAACCCCAACAAUCAAACACCAAAAAGCAAACUAUGCCGGAUGGAAAAUAAGUCCAGGACCGGUCUAUUGGCUCAAGGUGUCUGACCCUCCACGGGAGGAGCCGAACGUUCGAUGGCCACAGGCAGGAACAACCUCCCGUGCUGCCAAGUGUUGUAUCACGGUGGAAUGUGGCUGAAGUCCAACAGUAAAAAGUUCAAUAUCCAGUCUGCAAACACGUUCCUCGAUCGUAAUAUACCCCGGAUUGCACCAUCCAUUGUUAGCCAGAACAGUAAGCACCCAACUCCUUUACGCUUACUGCUCUCAGUGCACUUCUGGUCAGUCGGAACGGUAUUACCCACCGAACUCCUCUUCUCCAAAAGUCUCUGUUGUCUCGACCCAGUCCUCUUUCCUCGGAUAUCUAAUUAUAAACGUUGGUGAGGCAUUACCUAGCCACAUAUUGAGAGUGGUUCUGUGAAUAUUCAUGUGAACACAAAAGAUACAGCUUGCAACCACCUGCAGCCAGUGCACUGAUUAGAAUACAGUAAAUGUUAGGGACCUGAUGACAUUUGGUUUUUAAGGUCAAAAGCUUCUAUUCUACUGCUAAUGUCCACUUAGCCAAAUUUAUUAGCGCAUCAAUAUCAACAUCAAUAUUUCAUUCCCAAACAUUCCAUCAGCAAUGUCUGGAAGGUUACACAGGGCACAAUCCCUCAGUUUCCUAUCGAAUCCUCAAUAGAAUUCCUCCAUAGAGUAUUUGUGAUAGAUGCUCUAAAUUCUGUGUGUCCCUCUUCAGGUAGUCCUCAGUAGUAGAAUAAUGGGAAAACAAAACAUGUCUUCAGAGGGUUUAUGAUCUUCCCACUGCAAUAUAUAAUUGUCUCAGUUUGUGUUUCUGAGAACAAGCCAGGGAAUAUAGAUCAUUGUGUCACACAGCUGUUCAAGAUGAAGACCAAGGUACUGAACUCUCCCGUGACUUGGACACCAACUGCUGUGGAGCACUCUGGCACAACUUUGAAAGCCAAUGUCACUGUCACUGAACAGAAAUAAGUUAGCUAGUCCUUCAAAUUUGUACUGAUAUUUUGCCAUAUCUGAACGUGUUUUUUUUUCAAGCAUUCGCAUAACCGUCAUCAAAACUAACAUGGACAAUUUUAAAAAUGAUUUGUGGCCGUGGCUUCCAGAAGAAAGGAAGUACUCUGUUUGCAAUACUUGUAAUUUCUUCCGAAGAGACUUUGAUUGCUUCUGAUGAGAAAAAUGGAGGUGCAGAAUGGUUGGUAAUUGAAAGCAGGAUGUCGCUAAGACACUUAACUGAAUGGAUAUAAAUUAUGACCAGCAAUUCCUGGUCGUUCUGGUACAGUAAUAUCAGCCUUCCUUUUGGCACUAUUUCCGCAGUCUUAAUGUGGGCGAUGUAAGGAUUAAAAGAGGUGCUAUAUUCUAAGAAGUGUGUGUUGUGUUGUUUCAGUAAUAUUUGAGUAAUCUUAUGUUUGUGUAUGUUAUUUAUAUAUUUUUUAAAGUUUCCUUGUUUAAAUAAUUCAUUACAGGUUAUAUAUAUAAAUAUGUGCAUUGCCACCAGGUGAUACUUGUGUGUGUCACUUAAAGUAAACACUGAUGUAGA